AUCGGAAAUAACGUAAAGAAAGCAAAAUCCAGAGUCAAAAAUGAUUGCUAAUGAAGGAUGGGUUGAAAUGGUAAGUAGAAUAACGUUUCCUGGUAUUUUAUAACAUGAAAUCUUUAAUAACACUUAUGAGAAGCACUUUCUAACGUCCUUCCUUUCUGGCCAUAUAGGUCAAGAGUUCCAUUGGAACAAUGAAGUGCAUAUACUGGCUUCACACAGAAUGUAUUUGUGAAGGAUGUAUCUAACUCAUGGAAAUUUCUCAAUGUCUAUACAUGUAUGUGUACAUUUAUCAAGAACAUUGUCAGUGCCAAGUGACACUAAUGAUAUAUACCAUGUGACACUAAUAUAUCUCGCAACUGAUAAAAUAACAACAGAAUAUUGUAAACACAACACAAAUUAGACGGAUCAAAUCACUGACGUUUGAAUAUUUGAAGUCAUCUCUCCACUGGAUACUGAAUUAAUAUCAAGACCAGAGAUGUUAUUGUGCCUCUGUAUUUUACUGACUUUCUUCCACUGUUAUCUAAGUGAAGAUAUCACAUACCAUGUUGAAGAAGAGAAGAGUCCCUAUACCUCUGUAGGGGACAUUGCUACUGACUUACAGAAAUCAAACAGCUCCUUCUUAAAGGAUAAGGAUUUAACAUUUAGUCAACUGCAACAAAAGGGAGAACAGUUGUUCAAUGUGACAAGAACAGGUAAACUGUACACUGUUGAGACAUUGGAUGCUGAGUCUGUGUGUAGUUAUGAGAAAGAAUGUUUUGAAAUCGUUAAAGUUGCAGUUCACAAAUCCAAGACAUUUAUGAAGAUCUUAAAGAUUAAAGUCAUCAUAGAAGACAUCAAUGACCAUCAACCUGAGUUUCCUGAGAAAGAAAUCACACUAAUCUUUCGGGAAGGUGACAGAGAUGGAACGAAGAAACCCAUACAUAAUGCCAUCGACAAGAUAAAGGUUAUCAAAACAGCUUAAUAACAUAUGAAUUGAUGAAAGAUAAUGGAAAGUUUUCAUUAAAUGUUUCCAAACAAGAUGAUGGAUUAUCAACACUAAGAAUUAUUUUAGAAGACAAAUUAGACAGAGAAAAGAAGGACAGUUACAAUAUUGAAGUCAUUGCUAAAGAUGGAGGAACUCCACCAAAAAAAUCUGUUUUAAACGUUAAAAUAACUGUGGAAGAUGAAAAUGAUAAUGCACCGCAAUUUUCUCAAAGUAUCUACAAUGUUUCUAUAGAACAUAAACAUAAAAAGAAUAUUCCAGUAGUCACAUUAUCUGCCAGUGAUUUAGACAUUGGCAGGAAUGGUAAAAUAUCUUUCUAUUUCAGUCAGAAAACUGAUGAAAAAAUAAAAGAAUACUUUCAUUUAGAUGAAAGUACUGGGAAGUUAUUUCUUGAAAAACCUAUAAAUUUUGGUAAGAAAGAAUCAUUUAAAUUAUAUGUGAAAGCCAAAGAUAAUGGAAUUCCUCCUCUCAGUUCCAUUGCAAUA